AUGAACAAACAAGUCAAUCCGUGGGAGGUUCUUUACUGUACUUUUGAGAUUAGUGAAGCAGCAGUAGCUUGUGGUCGACAACACGACAACUUGGAGCUGGCACAGCAAGAAUCGAGCACUACUGACAUUAGCGGUUGCAAACAGUCACGUGCUAAUUCCGCAGGUUCUGUUUCCAUCUCGAGACACAAUCUUGGGAGUGUAUCCUUAAAUUUAAAUCCAGGAAGCAAGCACACUUUGGAAGAAUCCCCCGAUAGCAAGUGCCUCUCAAUUGGGUCUGUUUCACAAGACGCUCUGGAUAUAUCGAAGAAGCCCACACAUAAAUUCCAAACGCUGAAAGCAAAAAAGUGCAAAGACGUCAACCCAGACCUUGAGGCAAUGCUACAUGAGUGCUUUUCAUCUCUGUCAAAAGAUCUGGGUAUGGAAACUACACACUUGAGCAGUCAUGAAACAACAGAGACCAAUGACCGCCAGAACGCCUGCACGACGCCAGAGGUGGUUCAUCAAUCUACGUCAAAUUGUUCAAACUCAUUUUACACAAACUUAUGUGCGGAUAAUGCAUUGACAGCUACGAACGAGUGUAACCCCAAGGACCGUGGCUUUUUCGAUUUUUACGAUUUCUUCCCAGAUAAUCCCGAAUUCCUUAAUAAGUGUGACUUAGACUUCGUUGAUGGAAUGUCGGAGUUGAAAACUAACCUGAAACCUGCACAAAACUACAAUAAUUUUGAUAUUGGAGCGACAAAACAGCAUGAUUUUCCAUCCUCGGCGGAUGAAGUACGGUUGUCACCGUGUGAAACUCAUGGGCAAGAUACCAUGAAGAGCAGUUGUUAUGCAAAGAGCACGAUGGAGUACGAACCCGCGCUCCGGGAUCCAGAACCCUACUCUAGUCAUGGAAAAUCAGAGGCGUCCGAUGGUCAGUCUCACAUGCUCGAGACUCCAUCACCUGAUUUUUUCACCUUGCUCUCGGCCUCUUCGUCCUCAACCUAUUCCGUUGAUUCCAAUGUGUUUAGUGGGACCGAGGCUAGCUCAUCAGAAAUCAAGUUUGAUUCAAGUUGUGCAUUUCAAAACUCGAAGAGUUUUAGCAUUGAAGACGCACGUUCGCCCCUUUCUAACAUGCCCGUACUCGUAAGAUUCAGCAAUAAUAACGGCAGUAGGCUAUCGGGCGAGAACGAUGUCGAGGUGGAGCAGGCGGUGGCUUCAAUUGUCGAGGAUGCUUUAGAAAUGGACGAGACUGACGGUGGUAGCGUUGCUCCGGCUGAUCCUAGGCACAACACGACUGCUACGACGGCCGCAACCAGUGUCAUCUCUUCUACUCCGAGCGAAAACAUCAAUAACAAAUGUCCAGAGAACCCAAGGAAUGUCAGCAGCAUGAUGUGCUUUACGCCUCCAUCCGACGAACUCACGUCUGAUGACCUACUUAAACACCCAAAGGCAUCCAGUGUUCCGUCCUUCCCAAUCAUGGACUAUACUUUUCCAACAACCUGCAGUUCUGACGGCACUUUGCCAUUGCUCUCCCCUGUUACUAGUACAAGUGGGAUCGAUUCAGCCACGUCCUCCAGCUUUUUAAACUCUUCUCCACUGAAGCUAGCUGAUCCAGUAGUGUCACUAGCCAUUUGGAAUUCCAAUCUCAGCGAUCUGAACACGGCUGGGUCCCAGCAGCCAGUGGCCGGUGGCGACGCUACCGAUUUAGACUCUGAUAUUUGGGAGUCAUUGGAACUGCAAAAUUAUGUCUGUGGUGACACUGAUAGUUCAGAUGAUAUAUCUGGCUUGAAGUCUAGCGAUCUGUUGACAGGGUUGGAUCCUUUCCUGUCUGCUGAUUCAGAAGCAGCCAUGCCACAGUGCGAUUUCCAGACUUCCAUGAUGUCCUUGACGGAAGGACAGGGGGAGGACAAUAAAAACGGAGAGGGCCUUAUGCAAUCCACACCCGUUGCAUGGGAUGUACCUGUUACUUUACCUUCCGCUGAACCAGUGAAGGCCAUUGCACCAAGCGACUCAAAGAUGGUCAAGGCUGAAACAAACAGCGGAAAGUCGCGUCGAUCCAACGAAGGACUUAAUGGAUCACUUCCUCUUCACCUCUAGCAGGCAUUUGUUCCCAAAUUUAUUCUCAUAAAAGUGUCCAUUGAGCGAAUGACCAAUCCUUACGUAGGAUUCCACAAGUACGAGACAGAUCUGCCGCAUGCUACCGUUCGGUUCCCGUGA